UGAAGAACGAAAAACAAGAUGGUUCCUGAUAUCACUCUUUCACAUUAUUUUGACUUUUCAUUUUAAUUUGCCCGUGGUUCUGUCAAGAUAGACCUAAGUUUCAGUGAGGUCACUAUGUCCUAUAGAGAAGCUUAUAGAGAAUAUGGUCAAUUAUCUACUGGUGGUCCUUCAUCCUUAGAUGGUGUCCCUAUUGUUAUCGCUGAAAAAUACAGACCUCCUGCUCGGGUUCUUCUAUCGUCUGCUGCUUUUGAGCCAAGGCACGUCUGCGAUGUUCUUGAAGAUGAGUAUGACUUCAAUUUGGAGGCCGCAGUCCUGGAGAAGUAUGCGUCCAUGGUGGAGGCAGAGGCUGCCGAGGACCGAGCCAAGGUCGAACAGAUCGGUUCAACCAUUGAGGACUUUUCCCGAGCAAUGACUCUCGAGAACACAGCAAAUCUCAAUGAAUCUGAUGAAUUCGAUGGUUCUGCUGGAGUACCGCAUAGUCUCCCUUCAGAGCCUACUCACGCAGAACAAGGGACAUCUUAUGAGAACAAUUCUAGUUCCUUUGCUCGACAAGACAAUUUAAAUCCAGCAGUCACUGAUCAGAAUGCCUCUAAGGCCUUUGUCCUGCCUUUCAGUUCAACUAUCUUACAACCAACGCCCAUUAUUCCAGCUAGAAGGGCAACUCCUAAACAAGAGACAAAAGCCUUCAGAAUCCGGGAUUUUGAAACAGUUGAAGAUCCAUUUGAUGACCUUGAACUGGAGGUUUUGGAUGACAUGGCAGAAUUGGGGAAGGUCUUACAAGUAGCUCAGACACAGCACACAAAAUCUCCAGUGGAGGACACGAGUGCCACAUCGCCAUCUUUAGUCAAUGGAGAUGAACCACCAACGUCUGCCACUCAAGCUGCUCCAGACAUCCAACCCUCUCCAGAGCCUGGUGGAAACGUUACUCGCCAGCGCCGAAUCUCACCUCAACCAGAAAUCAAUACGGCUGGCCAAAGUGUUUCAUUUAGCUUGAACAAUGCCAAUGCAGAGCCUCCACCCACUCACGGUUCUCAUGUUAUCCAAGGACAACAACCUUCAAGUUUUAGUGGUGAACAUGUUAAUGACAAAACGAGCAGAUUGAGCAAUGAUGGUAUAAAACAUGGUGCUGUUACUAACGUCUCUGCGAGAACUGAUCGCUACUCGUUGCCGAAUAUCAGUGCUAAUGUUGUUUUACAUCGUGGAAUAGGAUCAAAAGGCAAUCCCUUGCCACCUAUCGGAUCUGCGGGUGGCCUGCCUAAAAUACCAGACAGGAACAUUCAAAAUGGACCGAUGUAUUCACAAGACAGUAACUUAGAUAACUUUGCAAAGUACAGUAGUUUUGAUCGAGAUUCAAUUCCAACUAUUGCCACCCGGAACAAUUUAAAUCCAUAUGUGCGGCAUUCCAUUGCAGCCACUGAGGAUUUAUUACCAUCAGUAAAAGACCCGAGUCAUAUCAUGGCUCAGUCUUUUAAUGCCUCCUGUUCAUAUGGGCUGACUGGUCCAAACUGUGAAUACCACAAAGAGGAUUACUCUACGAGGCCACUGUCUGGUCUCCGUAGUGCCAGGAGUACCCCAGAUAUAUCAAAGUUGGAUGACGGUUCGAAAGCUUCUUAUCUCUUGUCACAUUCGCCUCCCCCUCGACCCUCGAAUCAGCAGGUAGGUUCAAUUGAUACCUGGAACAGAUACUCGCCACUUCCACCCUCCACGAACAUGAGAAACAGCGUCUCAGAUACAAGUCGUGGCAGUACCCCGACGAGUUCCGAGAGUCCCACAGCGUCACUUCCUGACCCGUUUGCCAGGCUUUCACGGGAGGAGCAACAGUUUACGAUGUCAAUCACUGACAUGGGAUUUCCGAGGGCACAGGUGGCAAGGGCUGUGCAGAAACUUGGUGCUGAUGGAAAACAGGUUGUUGACCAUCUUUGUCAGGUGACCAGAUUAGCGGAGAAUGGCUUCUCCACAGAAGAUGCAGAAACGUCCUUGCUUCUUUUUGAUAAUGAUCUAGAAAAGGCCCAGAAUUACCUGGAACUUCAGUCACAAUUCCAAGAACUUGGAUUUGAUCACGAGAAAGUCCGAGAAGCGCUAGUGAUGCAUGAUAACAAUAGAGACAAGGCAUUAGAUUAUCUCACAGCAUGACACUGGCACCUUGUAGAUGUCGUGGCCGUGAUUUAGUCUAUAUUCAUGCACCCUGUGUCUUGCUCUGUCAAACACGAACCAAGUGAUUGGCAACAUUAGUCAGCUGUAAAAAGUGCUAUGUUAUCACUAAUAAGAUCUGUAGCAGUAACCUCUCGAACCUUCGCUCAUGCAGGAGGAUAUAAUGACUGUCACUGGGGUAUUGCAUCGCAACGCGGCCUGUUACAGUGGAGUGAUGAUAUGUGUACCCUAUUGGAAUCCUUCUUGGAGUAAACUGCCAAGGAAUUGGGGAGAGUUUAUUUGACACUGUAUAAGUAUAGAUGUCUAAAUCAUGUUUGACCUGUGAAGUGUAGGUUUUAUUUCAAUUCUUAUGAUUGCAUGUAUUUGUGUACAUAUGAUAUGUGGAAUUUUGUACAAAUUACAGUCAGUUGAGAUUUCCAAAGCAGGACAAUGCCUACAAAUGAGUCCCUUAUAGAGACUCACAUUGUACAUUACAUUGCCAGAUAGAUUUUUAAAAACAUUGAUUGCCUUUGGUCAGCCGAUGCUGAACUUAGUAAUCUAUUAAGUGCUGUGAUAAUUAUUUUGUUGUUCCGUGUUGUCUCGUAACUUGUUAAAGAGCAGAGGGCAAUCAGGUUUUUCACAGUGUUGCUGGUUUUGAUCAGUCGGGAAAUGGUUGCCAGUAUGUUUUUAGUGUUCACCUGAUCCUCUCUACUCUUGUAUUACCCUGGACUUGUGUUGUCCUUUGUGCUUUUGUCAUUGUGAUGUCAAUGCUGCAUGAUGAACAUAGACUUGGUCCUCACAAACUGCAUUGUAACAUUUGUACAGAUGAUUUGAAGUUGAACAAAGGUUUUCAGGGGGAUGCAUUCACCUCUUCCCAGAAGAGUCCCUUUUGUGGUGAAGAGGCCAAACUUAGCUGAUAUCGGAAAAAUCAAAAGCUGACUUAGGUUGUCAUUUUGUUUCCCCACACCAAGAGCUCCACAACUGUUUAAUGAUGAGACUGUUUUCCUUUCUGAUCAUCAUUGACCUCAGCUUUGCACUCCUGUUAAACGAUGCACAUGGUUGGGGGAUGAGAGGGGAUUGGGAUCUCUGGUGAUCAUAUGAGGUGCCUGUGGUGUACCGAACAGACUUGUCUGUGGUAUGUACAUGUAGUGAUGAAAAUCAUGAAGCAGUGGGACUCCAGCAGAUGUACAUUUGACCUGAAGCUUGUAAUUAUUAUUUCUUACGCUUGUAAAUCUUAUCUUGUAUGUGCUUUGGAUCGAAAGCACAUGAAAUGUUAUGCCAAGGAUGAUUAUCAACUUCGGUACUGUACUGCUUUUUGCUGAUGCAAUAAAUAGAAAGGUCAUUGAAAUGCUUUUCCAUUAUUGUUUUCAAGUGUGCAAUCCAAGACAUUUUC